AGUUAGACAUGACGCGAACGCGUCGACACUCAUCACAACUCCGCGAUGCGGGUCGAGCCGCCGGUCAGUUCGGUUCUGUGCGCAGCCCGUUAAGCGUCGGUGUCUGGAUCCAGCCGUCCGUCCAUGAGAAGCGCAGCAGCGGCGCUGUUUCCGUGUGUUAUCGCGGUGCUGCUUCACUGGUUCGGCUGGACGGACAGAACUGCGCUCCUGUUGGGUUUCGGCUCCGCAGACAACCAGAAGGCUGUGCAUGAGGUGUUGGUGGGCGUUUUGUCGGCACGGCAUCAUUAUGACCUCCGGCAGGCCAUAAGAGACACAUGGCUGGGGUACAUCAAACAGCACCCUCACUUCCAGAACCGGGUGAUGGUGAAAUUCAUCAUCGGUGAACAUGGCUGUGCCGUUCCGGAGGAGGACCGUGAAGAUCCGUAUUCCUGCUCUCUUCUGAACCUCACUGAGACAGUUGCCGGGCAGGAAAUGGCCAUAUUGAGUGUUCCUGACAGCUCCGAGCUGGUGCCGUCCGACGUCUCCGCGGUCAGCCUGGACUUUAAGGUCCUUCAUUCUGUGGUCAUCACCCAGCUGGGCGUCUUUCCCAACGGUCCACGACACGACUUCAGGGGCAACAUCACCGUGCGUCUGUUCCAGGUGGACCAAGAGGAGGCGGUGGUGAGCGCUCGCUUCAGCACGCUGAGUUCAGGAUCACGUGUGGGUGGGAUGUUUUACAAGCCUGUGGAGCAGUUCAUUCUACCCAAGGGUUUUGAGGGAACUCUUCUGUGGGAGGCUCAGGAUUCGAGCGGCCUGAUGUCUGUCAACACAUCAGCGGUGCAUCUGAAUAACGGCGGAGGGGUUCUCAAGUUUGGAUCUAUUGAAGAGGGCACGUUGCCUCACAGGAGCGCUUUGGGCUUCCCUGGUUUAGCUGGAGGAUUCACUUUUUCAGUAUACGAUGUGGAGGUGUUGUCUGAGCUCUUGCGUGGGCGAGCAGGAAGGCAGCGGAGCCGUGCCGCCCAGCUGAGAGAGGAGGACCAGGCCCUGCGGGACGAGAGCCUCGCACACGGAGACAUGGUGUUUGUGGACGUGGUGGACACGUACAGGAACGUGCCUUUAAAACUGCUGCAGUUUUAUAAAUGGUCGGUGGGAAACGCUGACUUCAACCUGCUGCUCAAGACGGAUGAUGAUUGCUAUAUCGACGUGGACGCCGUCCUGCUGAAGACCGACCGCAAACGGCUCGCUCAGAGCAGCCUGUGGUGGGGAAAUUUCAGGCAGAAUUGGGCUGUCGAUCGUGUCGGUAAGUGGCAGGAACUGGAGUAUGCGAGUCCUGCGUAUCCGGCCUUCGCCUGCGGGUCUGGAUAUGUGGUGUCCAGGGAUCUGGUGGAGUGGCUGGCCAGCAACGCUGAACAUCUGAAAGCCUACCAGGGAGAAGAUGUGAGCAUGGGCAUUUGGAUGGCUGCCGUGGGGCCUCGCAAAUAUCAGGAUUCAGGCUGGCUGUGUGAGAAGGAGUGUUACGUGGACAUGCUGUCGUCCCCACAGCAUUCGGCUCAGGAGCUGCGCUCGCUUUGGGACCGGAAGAGGAAGUGCGGCGAUCCCUGCGGCUGCGCCUGGAGUGAACACUGACACGUGACAGACGUCCUGCAUGUUUCACAAUCAGCACUUGACUGAUGGCUUGGAGAUUUCUGUGUCAGUACGAGACACUAAUAAUGUUCACUUGUCCUUUAUAAGCCUGGUCUGUUAUUGGUCACACACUGGCUUUGUAGAUCCACCACAAGACGUCACAUAAAUACAGGGUUUGUGAAUUGUCAGGGCAGCUUUCCUGUUCUUUAUCUUGUCACGUGUCUUUCUGUCACUUUGCAUUCUUUAUUGCUGCAAGUUUUCAAAAUCGCCAAACACGCAAGCCCUUUUCACUGCUUUUAACUGAGCUGGAGGCCAAAAUUGUUACACUGAAAUGUUCAUUUAUGAACAAUAAAAAUUGCAACAGGA